AUGGCAUCCACCGACUUCCCCCACCUCGACUUCCACCUCCCUACCGCCCUCGUCCUCAUCGACAACCAAACCGCCUUCUCCCACCCAACAUACUGGGGCACCUCCCGCUCCAACCCCCUGUACGAAGCCAACCUGCAAGCGCUGCUCUCCGCCUUCCGCACCGCACGACGCACCCACCCCUCACUCCUCCUCGAAGUCAUCCACGUCUUCCACUCGUCCACCUCCCCCACCAGCCUCCUGCACCCCGCCGACCCCAGCAAAGGUGCCCACCCGCUCGCCUUCGCCCAGCCCCUCGCCGACAACUCCGAGCCUACCUUCUGGAAGAACGUCAAUUCCUCGUUCAUCAACACGGGGCUGGAGGCGUAUCUCCGCCGCAAGGGCGUCAGGCAGGUCCUCUUUGCCGGACUGACGACGGACCACUGCGUGUCGACGACGGUGCGCAUGGCGGCGAACUUGGGGGUCGUGGAUGUGUAUCCGCAGGGAGAGCCGGAGGUGCAGCCGGAUGGGAGGCAGAGUGUAGUGCCGGUGGAGAAGGGGCGGGUGGUGCUUGUGGCGGAUGCGACGGCGACGUGGGCGAAGGGCGGAUUCGAUGCGGAGACGGUGCAUGCGGUGUCGGUGGCUAGUUUGAGGGGGGAGUUUGCGGAGGUCGUGAGUACGGAGGAGGUGGUGAGGGAGUUGGCGGAGUUGAAGUAG